UAGACCAUUUUGGACGCGGGGCGGAUCCGCCCCCAGAGUUCCGUUCCGUUGUCAGCCCAGUGUCAUGCGCAAGCGUCUCCUCGCGAGUCGUUAAUUCCAUGCUCAUGCCGCUUCGCUCCAACCAACCGACCAACCACUCCUUUCCGCCACCACCCAUUUCGUCUUUCCCCAGGUUUCAUUUUCCCAGGUUUCAUUUUCCCAUCUCCUCUCGGUUCAGGGCAGAUUUCGGGAACAAAGAAACAACGGAUACACAAGCUGCGAGUCUGAUGUUCGGCAAAAGUAGGAACAGCCCACUUGGACCUGGGGAAAAGGAGGGAGCGUGCUGCCUGUUGGGGGGCGCCUGGGGUUCGAACUGGGGCGCAGGCCACAGGAAACUGGGGGAGAAAUCCGGGGCAAGGCCCCUGGUGCCGUUACACUGGUUCCGGGUCCUCCAUUUUCGCCAUAUAUCCCUAUCGCAUUGGGUCAUCUCAGUCGACGAUCACUGCCUCGUCACUGGUGGCCCCAAUGAUCCGCCGCCUGGGACGAAAUGCUGCUUGGCCCACGCCUGCCACGCAAACUGGACCAAUUCUUCACCUCUGUAGGGAGUAGCGGUCUUUGAGGCCUAUCGAGUCUGAGCGCUUAGUUGUGAUAGUCGUCAAUAUUGGCCCCGACCUUGCGGUGAGCAGCCAAUAAACAUAGGCGAGCCAUGACUA